UUUGUAAAUCGUUGUCAAAAGAAAACUGCCAAACUUCAAAAAAAAAUGUCUCGCCGGUUGGCCAAACUAAAUCCGUACGAGCUACACAAGCACCUAAUCAACGAGUAUAUCCUUACGAAACCGGGUACCACUCAGCUGUUGCAGCGGGACGCAUCCCGCGAUAAAACCGAUCACGAUGUGCUGCGCGAACACCACCGGUUUUUGUGGGAAGACGGCGAGACAAUGGAUUCCUGGGAGAAACAACUGGCCAAAAAGUAUUACGACAAACUGUUUCGGGAGUACUGCAUCGCCGAUCUUAGCCGGUACCGGGAUAAUAAGGUGGCGUUGCGCUGGCGGAUCGAGAAAGAGGUGGUGCUCGGCAAAGGGCAGUUCAUAUGCGGUGGACGAUCCUGUGACGAUCGCGAAUCGCUUCGCAGCUGGGAAGUCAACUUUGCCUAUCUGGAACAAGGCACCAAAAAGAACGCCCUGAUAAAGUUGCGAUUGUGUCCCACGUGCUCGGAUAAGCUGAAUUAUCAUUCCAAGAAGCGAGAAAUUAAGCGGUUGAAAAGGCGAGAACGAAAGGAGAAGGUUUCGCGAAAUGUUGUAGAGGAUGCACAAGAGAUUGAAGUUUCCAAUACGGAGGCUAGGACGAAGGAUUACGUUGAUGAGGUUGUCGAUAAGGUUCCGGUAAUUGAAACCGAAACGACACAUCACCCAGAAGUACCGAACACUUCCUCAGCAACGAUAGACAAUUGUUGGGCAAAGGGUCCAGAAGUGGAAGAAAAAUCCAGAGAAGAAGAAUUCGACGCAUAUUUGGAGGAUUUGCUAUUAUGAAAUGUAAGUACCUAAAAUAAUAAUUUGGCAAGCUGAA